AUCGCCGCGUGCGCACGUCUCGCGCAGUCGCAUCGCGCAAACAAAAAACAGUGCGCGUUGAACUUGAUCAGUGACAGAGCCGGCACCCAUCUCCCAGGUAUUUUUAGACUAACGCCUCCGAAACAGGUUCUUUGCGAAAGUGAUACCGUAUCCUGAUGAGAUGGCGCGAUACCAGUUUCUUUGUUUAAUCGCGGCAGCUGCAUUCGCUCCCUUGACCUUCGCCGCAUCACCCCUUCAAGAUAGCACGCUACCCAGCUUGCCCCAAGAAGAAGAAGACAACAGUCGCUACAAGACUCUAGAAGCCAACGCCACGCUGCUUAAACUGCUGGUGAACGACAAGGACGGAGUCAGCAAGUCCGAGGUGUUCGACAUGCUUCACUCGCGCGACGACAAUGAACAACAUAUCGACCUGCCUUCCUUUCCCGAAGACGAAGAAAUCACGCGUGCUGAUGGCCCUCCAGACUCACAGGCAGAGUUCUUACAAGGCCCAACCGACAUCGUCAGCAAGGAUUCAAAGGAGCGUAUCACGUCACGGAGUGAGCCGAUCGGCACCGCGGCCGGCAUCAUGGUCCUGGUCACCUGCAGCAUUGCCUGUCUCGCGUACACGUCACUCGUGGUGUGGAGGAGGAUAUACUUGAAGAGAAACGGCUUGAAGCACGAACUACUUAGAAACGAGGAGAAUAUUGCAGAAACAAGGAUAGAGCUUUGAAGACUUGAUGGAAGCCUACAACAUAUUUUUCUAAGGGAAUUUACUUCAAGACUGAAUUUGUUUAGUAAUAAUCUAAAACAGAAUCAAUACUAUUAGCUAAUUAAGUACUGAUGGGCAAGUUGCGGAAACAUUCCAAAUAAAUUGAGAAGUUAUUGGAUAUUUCGUGAAAGUUUCACAAGAAAUGUAGGAAAUUUAAAUUGAUGUAAUGGACCGUAGGAAAAAUUUCAGAAUUUUUCCUACGGUCAAAACUUAGCCAUUUUGGAAAUUUCCAUUGCCGCAUCAGUACAUCUAAGCAUCAAAAAAGAUACCUACCUACAACGCAAGUUUUAAGUGUUUUUGAUCAAAUUACUAUGGAAUAACUACGUUAGUUAAGAAUCACUUUAGCCCAGGAUCUUGCAUUAGUUUAGAUAAAAAGAGCAUAAUAUAAGUAUUUUUAAACUGAUAGACGCCAUAUAUAUGCAAUCUCUAUGACGAAAACAGCCCUUUUUGUAGCAGUGUAUCUUACAAGAUACUUAAAUUUGACCUCUUUUUUCCUUCUCGACAUUUCUGUGCUUUUAAGAGCUUUGACUCUUGAGCUGAGGCUUGAAUUCACGAUUUUAAAAAGGGAUAGAUGUCUACAUAUACAUACAACCUGUUUUUAUUGAAUUCCGUUAACUUUAAGGGAAGGUUCUUUAGAU